AUGGAGGCUGCGGAGAUAGAGCUAGGUCCGAUGUCCUCCGUAGACAUCGAGAGGAUGGUACAGGAGCUCGCUGAACCUGGGACAAUCGAUAUCCGGGAUAGCGAAUCCACAGUGUCAGCACGCGACUACCUCAUCCAUACGAGACACGCUCCCGACAUCGAGGUCGAGGAGGUGGAGGAGGAAUGGACUACUCCAAUCCGCGAGUCAGGUGAGGAAGAAGAGGAAGCGGAAGGGAGUGGGACGGACUCAGUCGAUGACUCCCAAUUGAAUGAACCUUUCUCAUGCGAAGACCUAGUUUCGAGAGUCGUCAAAUCUGACUUCACUACCUUUGUGAGAUCUUUUGCUAACUCGUUCUUCUUUGUUGUCAUCGCAGAUAGACCACCUCGACCAACGCUUGACGCGAAUAAGAAGGGGGUAGCCGAAAUUCUUGGGAGUCUUCCGGUACAAGAUCGCGACUGGCGAUUGCUGUGUACGACUGCCAAAUUGCGAGAACAUAAACUGAUCCCUGAGAACGCGAGUCUUCAACGGGAGCCAGUAUAUAAAGAACCUUCUGAGAAACAGCAGGAGCGGAUAGAUAAACGUCUUUCUAAACAAACUCCUCGACAAACUUCAGACAUGACUUUCUUGAAGUCUGCCCCUGUCCUGAAGAUCAAGCAAAAGGGUGGAACACCAGCGACUUCGCCGGUCGUUGCCCAGAAGAGGAAGAGCGAUGUGAUGACUUCGCUUGCUGCAGAUUCUUCCAAGAAGUUGGCUAAGACCACUCAGGACAAAGGGAAGAAAGUCGUCAUCGACUCUCCUGUUCGGGCUCGCGAUUUUCUGGCCAUGCAGGAAAAAUUACUGGCUGAGAUCCCAUACGAGGAUCUUGCUUCUCGAUCUGCGGGCGGCCGUGCAAUCCAUGGCUUUGUUUAUGAAAGCCGCGGCUACUCCUUCAAAGGAAACUGA